AUGGCCAGCUAUGUCGGAUGCUUUUCUUUCACCGUCGAUGCCGCGGUGGUCUCGGCCAUCUUUGCCCGUAUCCCCGUCAACCAGACGGUCCAGCUGUUUGAUCCGCUCGAAUAUCUGUCCUAUCCCGACUGCGAAUCCGUGCCAUUCUUCUAUAUCGGCGUCGGCCAGGGCCUCGACGAUCCCGUCAGGGGCUGCCGCAGCCCCGACAGCAACCCGAUCACCGCCAACUCGACCACACCCAACUCGACUGUAGUCAGCGCUGCCCCGAUGGUGUCGCUGCUGUGUCCCCUGGCCGAUUUCGACUACUCGUUUGUGUCCAAGACUCCGGGGCUGUGUCAGGGCUUUGAAUGCCUGGGACUCGACGGUCUUCCCUGCGGAGGCUGCAACCAGACGACUGGGGCCACAGCAUGGGCUCGAUACGAGGUCAAUGUGCCACUCGGUACCCCAACGGCCAACGUUCCUGGCUCGACAACACCAUCGCCAUCGCCAUCGUCGCAUGCUCCCAGCACUCUCAUGGGCACCAGCACGUUCACGCUGAUGGCCACGUCGCUGGCACUGUUUGCGAUUUUGUUCCUGACGGCAAUCUCGGUGGUGGUGGCCAUCCAUAUGCACAAUCGGCGACAGCAGAGCCUGCAGCGCGACGAUCCGACCUUCAAGCAGGUCAUGGCAUCCAGCUCGUCCAGCAUCAUGGACAGCAUCAUUCUGUCACUUGAGCCCGACGACCGCGACCACGAGCACGAGUAUCCAGGCGGGCUGGUGAGAAAUGCCCAUGCUCUCGUUGCCGAGCGAGUUGCGGACCUGGACAACAGGAUCGCAGAACCAGCACAUCCAAUCGGCUCCGCUUUGGCAGGUGCAUGGAGCGGCGAGGCAAUCCCGACGGAGGGACCGGCACAAGCCACCCGCAGCCUGCCCGAUGACGAUAUCACACCGAUGGUACAAGAGCGCCCCGUGAGCAGGCAGUUCGACCCACACCAGACCGACGAAAUCGAGAUGAAGAUCGGGCCGAUCCAGGACCGCGCGCAAGUGCUGUACGAGUUCGAGGACGGAUGGAUCUAUGGAAUCAACAGCCGGACACAGCAACGGUAA